CCGCCGCCAGGGGUCGCGCUGCCCCGGGCGAGGCUCGCGGGCAGGGGCGGAGGGAACUCCCGGCCGGCCGCCUUUCUCCACCGCCGCCGCCGCCGCUGGUUGGGGCGUUUCAAUAAAAGUCUUUCCCCUUCUCGCUCUCCUCUCUCGCGCUCUCCCCGGGGAACAGGCGGCGGCGUCGCCCCGCAGCCGCCGAGCGAGCGAGCGAGCGAGCGCCAUACACGCAGCGGCGUCCCCGCGGGUCCCCGCGCCGGCCGGCCCGGCGGAGGCUGACGACGACCCCGGCGCCUGAGGCGACUAGCGGGCCGCCGCGCUCGGCCGGGAGCCAUGUUGACCCGGGGGCCCGGCGACGCGUGAGGGGCCUCGGACCGCCCGUCGCGGAGAAGCAGGAGGCGGCGGCGGCGGCGGCCUGCGACCGGUCGGCGGCCCUGGGCCCGGAGCGCAUCCGGUGUGGCGGCGUCGCCGGGGCCUCUUCCCGCCCGCGCCCGCGCCUCGUCUCGCCCGGGCCGACCCGCACUUGCCGGAUUUUCUAAGUCACAUUCAGUUGAUAGGAUGAAAAAAUUUAAGAGAAGACUAUCCCUCACGCUUCGAGGAAGCCAGACUAUUGAUGAAUCAUUAUCUGAAUUGGCUGAACAAAUGACUAUUGAAGAAAACAGCAGCAAGGAUAAUGAGCCCAUUGUGAAGAAUGGCAGGCCUCCAACCUCUCAUAGUAUGCACUCCUUCCUCCACCAGUACGCAGGCUCCUUCAAGAAGCCCCCAUUGCGGAGACCACAUAGUGUUAUUGGGGGAAGCCUUGGUUCCUUCAUGGCAAUGCCCAGAAACGGAAGCAGAUUAGAUAUUGUUCAUGAAAAUCUAAAAAUGGGAUCAGAUGGUGAAAGUGACCAAGCUUCUGGGACCUCAUCUGAUGAAGUCCAGUCACCAACAGGCGUUUGUCUUAGGAACCGUAUACACAGGCGGAUCUCCAUAGAGGAUUUAAAUAAGAGGUUAUCACUGCCUGCAGACAUCAGAAUACCGGAUGGAUACCUUGAAAAGUUGCAGAUAAACAGCCCGCCAUUUGACCAGCCAAUGAGCCGACGGUCUCGCAGAGCUUCCCUGUCAGAAAUUGGGUUUGGGAAAAUGGAGACCUACAUCAAAUUGGAAAAACUUGGAGAGGGUACAUAUGCAACAGUAUAUAAAGGAAGAAGUAAACUGACAGAGAACUUGGUGGCAUUAAAAGAGAUCCGAUUGGAACAUGAAGAAGGUGCACCCUGCACUGCUAUAAGAGAAGUUUCAUUAUUGAAGGAUCUAAAACAUGCAAAUAUAGUAACAUUACACGACAUUGUACAUACAGAUAAAUCUUUGACACUGGUCUUUGAGUAUCUGGAUAAAGAUCUAAAGCAGUACAUGGACGACUGCGGCAAUAUCAUGAGUAUGCACAACGUGAAGCUAUUUUUAUACCAAAUUCUGCGUGGUUUGGCGUAUUGCCACAGAAGAAAAGUAUUGCACCGAGACCUGAAGCCACAGAACCUCCUCAUCAAUGAGAAAGGAGAACUAAAGCUGGCGGAUUUCGGACUUGCCAGAGCCAAGUCAGUGCCCACAAAGACCUAUUCAAAUGAAGUUGUCACCCUGUGGUACCGGCCACCUGAUGUGCUGCUUGGCUCCUCAGAAUACUCAACACAGAUUGACAUGUGGGGUGUUGGCUGCAUAUUCUUUGAGAUGGCUUCUGGAAGGCCUCUGUUUCCAGGAUCAACUGUAGAAGAUGAGCUGCACUUAAUUUUCCGACUUUUAGGAACUCCCUCUCAGGAAACUUGGCCAGGUGUUUCUUCAAAUGAUGAGUUCAAGAACUACAACUUUCCAAAAUAUAAACCACAGCCUCUAAUUAACCAUGCACCCAGGUUAGACUCUGAAGGAAUUGAGUUGAUAUCAAAAUUUCUUCAGUAUGAAUCUAAGAAAAGAGUCUCUGCAGAAGAAGCUAUGAAACAUGUAUAUUUUCGAAGUCUGGGACCAAGGAUUCAUGCUUUACCUGAAAGUGUAUCGAUAUUCAGUUUGAAAGAGAUUCAGUUGCAAAAGGACCCGGGUUUUCGAAACUCUUCCUAUCCAGAGACAGGACAUGGGAAGAACAGAAGACAGAGCAUGCUCUUUUAAGUCUGGUUACAUGCUUUCAAGCCCAGCCCCAGCUCCUUACCAGUCAACGACUCAGAUCUGAAGGCAGAGAUUUCUUUUGGUGGACUUGGAAUCUCCGUUUGUCUACACUGUCCUCUCACAGUGGAGUCUUUUUAUUCCAGACCUACAGAUUGUUUUUAUAGUUGUUGUCACAGUGUGACAAUUUUUUCUGUACAGUUGACUUUAAGGUCUUCUCUGCCGUUAGAGCCAGUAGGUUACAGCUACUGAUGGAACUGUAGCUGCAUUUUUGUGCAGACUGCGAAACACAGUGCAUUAUUUAUUGCGGAAUCAUUGCUGCUAAGUAACUACUGUCUGUUAUUUAACACAACAGUUGAAUGCCUGAAGAAGUUGCAGUGGCUUUGCUAGAUGUGAAUGUGUCUGUUUCUCCUCACAGUUUGUUUUACUGCUGCAUUUUCUUUGUUUUUAAAAUUAAACUGCAGUGUUUCCUGGAAUGUAAAUUUAGCUUUGCUUAACAGUAAAAUAAGUGAGCCAUCUUCAAGAUUCUAAGUUCAUGCUGUAUAGCUUUUUAUUGAACACACUGGCAAAUAGAGUAGCCCAGAAAUGGAUCAAGCACAUCAUGUCCAGGAACCAGGCCAAGUGAAUACCUUACAUUUUUUGAGGGUCUCGCACUAGAUGUCAGCAAGUCUAAGCACCAGAACCCUUCAUUUAUACCUCUCCUCAUUGUAGAAGUAUUUCUGCAUAUCACUGAUUAUUUGUAUUCUAAAACACUUGUUUUGCAACGUGUUUUAACUUAGCUGAAACUAAAUUAUACGAGUCCAGUCAAACAUGGGAGGUUCUGUUUCUGUUUGGUUUAAAUCCAGUUUACUUCACUUGGGAGCUGUUGUCCAUUUCAGCGACAUUCACUUGGAUUCAGCUGAAAGCUGGUCCUAUGUUUUGGAAAUGAGCCGCGAUGAAUCUUAGUGAGAGAGCUGAGAAUGCGAGGAGUGUUUGAAGCCAUUGUGUAGGCAUCAUCUGUUUACCAGAGAUAAUAAAGAUCAGUUUUAAUUAUGCAUCUCUUUGAACAUCAUAAAUACACCUAGGUGUUGGUAACUGUUUUAAGCAAUCGUGUUCACUUUUAAGGACUAUUUGUUUAGAGCAUCUUAGAAGCUACAAAAUGUAAUUGCUAUAUUUUAAAAUGGCCAUGUAAAUUUCUGGCUUAUAUAUCAUGAAAGUAGGUAUAACUGAAUUUUUUUUCCUGACAUUCACUGUAAAACAUUCAGGGGUCCUUUCAUUUCUGUUCAGGAAAUCUUGUAGUUUAUUGUUAUUUAACAGUAUUAAGUGAAUUUUUGUAUAUUUCAUUUUAACUUUAUUUGUGAAUAGUGAUUGUAGCAUGUUUUGGGGUGUUAUUUUAAUAUUUCCUGAUAGUGAAAUUUUAAUUUUUUUAAAAAAAAAUUCUGAAGAAACAAGACUCAUGUGUAAUGGUGACUAUUGGACCACUACUGCUUUUCACGUUUGUAAACUGGUUUUAUGUUAAACCCUGUAGCCUAACAAACUGCUGUUAUUUCUGACAGACAUGUAUUAAUAUUGUAUUUUGAAGGUUAUAAAUAUCAUGUGGAAAUCCC